AUGGAGCCCAAAGAAGCCACUGGGAAAGAGAACAUGGGCACCAAGAAGAAGAAUCUGACCUUCUUGAGGCCCAGGCUCUAUAUGCUGGAGAGAAGGAAGACUGACACAGUGGUUGACAGCAGUGUUUCUGGGGACCACUCUGGUACCUUGAGGAGGAGCCAGUCUGACAGGACCGAAUACAACCAGAAACUUCAAGAAAAGAUGACUCCCCAGGCCGGGGCUUCCACCACUGAGACCCUAACUCAGGAGGAGCACCAGGUGCAGAGAAUGAUGGCAAAGCGUUCGAAAAUCAUUAAGGAGCUGAUACAGACGGAAAAAGACUACCUCAAUGAUCUCGAGUUGUGCAUCAAGGAAGUGGUUCAGCCCUUGAGAAAUAAACAGAUUGAUCAGCUGGACGUGGAUAGCUUGUUUAGCAACAUUGAAUCAGUGCAUCAGAUAUCAGCCAAACUGCUGUCAUUGUUGGAAGAGGCCACAACAGACGUGGAACCGGCCAUGCAAGUAAUCGGAGAAGUAUUCUUGCAGAUUAAAGGACCACUGGAAGAGAUUUAUAAAAUCUACUGCUACCACCAUGAUGAGGCACACAGCAUACUGGAAUCCUAUGAAAAGGAAGAAGAGCUGAAGCAACAUUUGAGCCACUGUAUCCAGUCCUUAAAGAAAAUAUACAUGCAAGAAGGCAAACCAAACUUACUGGACAUGGGCUCUUUGAUGAUCAAACCAAUCCAGCGUGUAAUGAAAUACCCCCUCUUGCUGUGUGAACUCCGAAGCUCCACCCCUCCCUCCCACCCAGACUUCAGGGCUCUGGGAGAUGCCUUCACUGCAGUGAAAGACAUUAAUGUGAACAUCAAUGAACUUAAAAGACGGAAAGAUUUAGUUCUAAAAUACAAGAGGAAUGAUGAGGAUGAAUCACUUAAAGAUAAAUUGUCUAAACUAAACAUUCAUUCAAUUAGCAAGAAAUCAAAAAGAGUGACAAAUCACCUAAAGAUUCUGACCAGAGGAGAGCCACAGGUGAAAGACAAUACCUUCAAUAGAGAAGAAAAGCUGUUCAGAUCUUUAGAAAAGACGGUGAGGCACUGUGUGAAGAACAUUGCACUCUGUCAUCAACACAUCCAGGAUGCCAUGCCCUUAGCCCUGCAGAGUGUGAUGGCGCUCCAGGAGAUCUCAUGCAACAAAGAUAAGGAGGACAGGAGCCAUUCGGAGACCCCCAGUAAUGUCCCAAAUCCCUGCAGUGACUUUGCAGCCCAUUUACAGAGGCUCAUCCUGAUGCCCCUGUCGGCCCUGCUGUCCUUAUUCACGGGGCCGCAGAAGCUCAUCCAGAAACGCUAUGACAAACUGCUGGACUGCAACAGCUCCCUACCACGGGUAGCCGGAGAUGAGACAGACUUGGCCCAAAAGGAGUAUGAGGCCCUCAAUGCCCAGCUCGUCGAGGAGCUCCAGGUGUUCAACCAGGCUGCUCGAAAGAUUCUGUGGAACUGUCUGUGCAGUUUCAUGGCUCUCCUCAGAGACCUGACCCUCGAGGCUCAGCAGGUUUACUCCACAGUGGCGCCGGUACCACUGUUGGACUCAAGAAUCUCUGAAAUUCAGAAUCGAGUACUAGAAGAGGUUCAAAAUCUUAAUUUUGUGAAGGACAAUGGUGCCACUUUUAUUGAGAGGAAACUUAGUUUUGAAAAGAAGAAGUCUGUGCAAAUUCUGCCAGAAGUGCCCCGUCAAACUGACAUUCACCGCUCCAAACUACUAUCCACAUAUGGUAAAGAAGAACUCUACCAAGCGAAACGCAAGUGUAACGCUACCCAAGAAUAUGACAUCAAUCUUCUGGAAGGGGAGUUGGUGGCUGUGGUGGAACAGAAGGAUCCGCUGGGGAGUACAAGCAGGUGGCUUGUUGAUACAGGAAUUAUAAAAGGAUAUGUGUAUUCCUCCUUCUUAAAACCCUACAAUCCAGCGAAAGUACAGAAGGUGGACACUGAGAACAGGUUUGGUGAUGAUGAUUUUGAUAACAUCAGCCUCUUUGUGUCCUCGCGGCCAGCUAGUGACAGUGUCACUGGCACCCCGGAAAGUAGCAUAAGUGAUAGCAGCUCAUCUCUUAGCGGUACCUGUGGAAAGUUUGAAACAAACAGCACGGACGUUGACAGCUCUCAAGAGGUAGAGGAUCAGAUUUUCUAUGCAGUUCAUGCCUUUCAAGCACGAAGUGACCAUGAACUUAGCCUUCAGGAAUAUCAAAGAGUACACAUCCUUAGAUUUUGUGACUUAAGUGGCAAUAAAGAGUGGUGGUUAGCUGAAGCUCAGGGGCGGAAAGGAUAUGUGCCAGCUAACUACCUUGGGAAGAUGACUUAUGCUUAA